AUGUCUUUCACGCACUCCGACCCCGCCGAAGCCCACCCCGCAGUCGACAACUCCCUCGACGACAUCUUCGGAUCCUCGCCACCCCGCGAAACGCGAGAAUCACACAUCCACAGAGAGCCCAGCACAAGCACGAACAACCACAGCGUUGAACCGUCCGACCUCCCCUCUCUCCGCCGCCAGCACGUCACAGCAGGCUACCGCGACGGCGUCUCCGUCUCGAAGGGCGAGCGCGUGCAAGACGGCUUCGACGGCGGAUUCCCCACCGGCGCCCAGCUAGGCAUGCGCGCCGGCACGAUCCUCGGCAUCCUGGAAGGAAUCGCACGCGGCCUCGAAGACAGGAGCGCAACGGGUGCGGUGAAGAAACCCGCAGCGCGGGGUAGUGCGGGCGCGGCGUCUGCUUCUGCUUCUGCGGAGCCCGAAGGCGCCGAGGCGCGGCGGAAGAUCAGCGAGCAGGUUCGGCGGAUCUACGCGGAUGCUGUUAAGGCGCUGGACGUGCAGGCUGUGUUUACGGGCUUUGAAACGGGGGCUGCGGCGCGGGUGGAUGCUGCGUCGGGCGAGAUCCAGCGUCAGGGUGCAGGGGAGAAGCCAGAGGUUGUGUUGGCGGGGAAGGGAGAUCCUGUCGUCGCGCAGUGGGAGGAGAGGCUUUGUGUGCCUGGGUGGGAAGAGAAUAUGGAGGCCUUGGAGAUGAAGGAGGGGGGGCAGGGGGUGGGAGACAAGGGCGCCGCGGGGGAGCGGAGCUGA